AUGGGCUCGUCUUCGUCUCCCGAGAUCCCCCCCUACAAGGCUGAUUUCCUCAAGGCCGCGAUCGAUGGCGGGGUCCUCAAAUUUGGCAGCUUCGAGCUGAAGUCCAAGCGCAUAUCACCUUACUUCUUCAACGCCGGGGAUUUCUACCGUGCAGAUCUGCUGCGCGCCAUUUCGACUGCCUACGCGAAAACAAUCCUCGAGACAGAAUCCUCUUCCGCCCCUCUGGAGUUCGAUAUCUUAUUUGGACCGGCAUACAAGGGAAUCGUGUUAGCAUCCGGGACUGCAGACAAGUUGGCAGAACUGGCUCCGCAGAAGUACGGAAAGAUCUGCUAUUCUUUUGAUAGGAAGGAGGCGAAAGACCAUGGGGAAGGGGGUAAUAUUGUGGGAGCUCCGUUGAAGGGCAAGAGGAUCUUGAUUGUGGAUGACGUUGUCACCGCUGGGACCGCGAAGAGGGAAGCAAUUGACAAAAUCCGAAAGGAGGGGGGCAUUGUGGUGGGUAUCCUGGUAGCGUUGGAUCGUAUGGAGAAACUGCCGUCACCAGAUGGGGAUGAUACUAAGCCUAUGCCGAGUGCUAUUGGCGAAAUCAGGAAGGAGUAUGGUAUUCCCGUAUUAUCAAUCUUGACACUGGACGACAUUAUUGGGGGUCUGAAAGGAAGGGGAUCAGAAGAGGAUAUCAAGCGAUUGGAAGAGUACAGAGCGAAGUACAAGGCGAGUGAUUAG